CAGGCAUCAACGUCUUCGCGGUGAUCCUCCACACGCACCUCCUCGGCCGCAAAGUCCGCGUGCGACACCUCCGCGACGGCCGCGAGCUCGAGCCCAUCGCGCAGGACAACAACUACGACUUCAACUACCAGGAGUACCGCGCCCUCAACACGCCCAGGACGGUCUUGCCGGGCGACCACCUGAUCGGCGAGUGCACGUACAACAGCCGCGAGCGCUCCACCAUCACCCUGGGGGGCUUCAAGACGCGCGACGAGAUGUGCCUGUCGUUCCUGUUCUACUGGCCGCGGGUCGACCUGUCGCUGUGCCACUCCAAGCCGUCGCUCAACACCGUGCUGCACUCGCUCGGCAUACAGGAGCUGUCGGCUGACUCCGACCCCAUCAAGAUCCGGCGGCCGAUCGAGCUGUCGGGGAAGACGCUGGAGUGGCGGCUCCUCAACUACGACUGGAAGAAUCAGUUCGAGUACUUCCAGGCCGCCACGCACACCGGCACCAUCAACCCCAUGUGCUGGAGGCGGGGCGAGUCGCUGCUGCCGGAGCUGGAGAAGAUGGACUACGACUACCCGAACAUCACGGAGCCGUGGGCGCCCGAGAACGUGUGUCGCCAGCUGAGAAGGAUCUCGCGCGCCAUGAACUCCCGCCUGAUCGAGAGCAUCGACGUCGACCCCUACAACCACAGGGACUUCAACAUCCCCCACAUCGAGGACCGCAUUGAGAACGACCACUUCGAGGGCUUCGGCGUCGAGGACACGGGCACCGCGGACCGCGAGCUGACGGAGGAGCUGCUGGACAUGGAGAGGGAGCUCGGGAAGGAGCUGGCCAACAAGGCGCAGGACCACUUCCAGGAGCAGACGGCGCGCCCGGCCAGCGGAGGCCAGGGGCGCGGCGCGUCGUGGUGGGCGCUCGUGGCCGCGCUGUGCCUGCUGCGCCUCCACCGCCUCUACGACGGCCACGGCUGA